GUCACGACUGCGCUCCGCUGUGUUCCGGAAGUGCGGCCAGUGACAGCUUCGGGUGCCCUUGUUUGGCAGGGGGGCUGGAUGUGAGGGAGCUGGAGCUGCUCCCCGGUCACCCAGAAUGUUGCGGGCCGCCUGCAUUGUGUGCAGAGGGCUGACGAAUAAACAUGUGGUAAAAGAAGCCCAGUCCCCAUUCCAGAAUCUAUCUGCUCACACAGAUCAUCGCUUUCCAAGAGUGAACAUUCGGCGGCCUUCACCCAGUUCCUCAGGACGAUGCUACUCUUCUUUGUCUCGCCUCCCGCUACGGAGGAGCAGGCUUUUACCUGUCAGUCUGGCUUUUCAGACUCAGCGCAACUUCUGGGUAGCUAGGCUGGCAGCUAGGCUUUUAAAGCUCCGCUACCUUGUGUUAGGAUCGGCUGUGGGUGGCGGAUAUACCGCUAAAAAGACGUACGACCAGUGGAGAGAUAUGUUCCCGGAUCUCAGUGAAUACAAAUGGAUUGUGCCGGAUUUUGUAUGGGAGUUGGAUGAGCAUAUUAAUUUUGAUAAGCUGAGUAAAGCUCUUCCGGAUUCUGAGCAGCUGGCGAAGCUUUUGCCGGACUUUGAGAAGCUAGGAGAAAGCUUUAGCUUGCUAAAGGAAUGGCUGUCAUCAGGUCACAAUUUGGUUAGUGAAGUCAUAGGACCUUCUGAUCUGCUUCUGUUGUUAGGCCCUGGAGGUGAGACCGCUUUCAAAGCUACUGACGGCCAGAGUUUUGAAAGCUCUGACAAGCAAUACAAGAAGGGUUUGCUUGGUGAACUCAUUCUUUUACAAGAGCAGCUCAAGCAGCAUGAAGAGGAGGCACGCAGGGCAGCUGGAAACAUUAACACGGGCAGCUCACAGCAGAAGCGCAAGGCUACAGACAAGGAGAAAGUUGAUCAACUGCAGGAAGAACUUUUGCAAACCCAGUUAAAGUAUCAGCGAAUUCUUGAACGUCUUGAGAAAGAAAACAAAGAUCUGCGGAAAUUGUUGCUUCAAAGGGAUGAUAAAGGCAUUCAUCACAGGAAAAUGAAGAAAUCCCUGAUUGAUAUGUAUUCUGAGGUUCUAGACAUCCUGUCUGACUACGACGCCAACUAUAACACUCAAGACCACUUACCAAGGGUCAUUGUGGUUGGUGACCAAAGCGCAGGGAAGACCAGUGUUCUUGAAAUGAUAGCACAAGCUCGAAUCUUCCCUCGAGGAUCUGGUGAGAUGAUGACUCGUUCUCCAGUUAAGGUCACCUUAAGUGAAGGUCCCCACCAUGUUGCCGUAUUUAAAGAUAGCUCUCGGGAGUUUGAUCUCUCCAAAGAGUCUGAUCUUGCCGCUCUGAGAGAUGAAAUAGAGGUGCGAAUGAGGAAGAGUGUCAAGAACGGUCAAACCGUCAGCCCCGAGACCAUAUCACUCAGUGUAAAGGGCCCUGGAAUACAGAGGAUGGUGCUUGUUGACCUACCAGGCGUGAUUAGUACUGUAACAUCUGGCAUGGCCCCCGAUACCAAGGAAACUAUUUUCAGUAUCAGUAAAGCUUAUAUGCUGAACCCAAAUGCCAUCAUCCUUUGUAUACAAGAUGGCUCUGUUGAUGCAGAGCGGAGUAUUGUCACCGAUCUUGUAAGUCAAAUGGAUCCUCAAGGCAGACGAACUAUCUUUGUUCUAACAAAAGUAGAUCUGGCUGAGAAAAACGUAGCCAGCCCCAAUCGAAUCCAGCAAAUAAUUGAAGGCAAACUCUUCCCAAUGAAAGCUCUUGGAUAUUUUGCUGUUGUAACCGGGAAAGGCAACUCCAGUGAAAGCAUUGAUUCCAUUAAAGACUAUGAAGAGGAAUUCUUUCAAGGUUCAAGUCUUUUGAAGAAAGGGAUGCUUAAGGCUCAUCAGGUGACUACCAAGAAUUUAAGUCUUGCAGUUUCUGAUUGUUUUUGGAAAAUGGUCCGUGCAUCAAUCGAGCAGCAAGCUGAUGCUUUCAAAGCUACUCGCUUUAACCUUGAGACAGAGUGGAAGAAUAACUAUCCCCGUUUACGGGAACUUGACAGGAAUGAACUGUUUGAAAAAGCCAAAAAUGAAAUCCUUGAUGAAGUAAUAAGCCUCACCCAAGUCACUCCAAAGCACUGGGAAGAGAUUCUUCAGAAGACACUAUGGGACAGAGUGUCCACCCAUGUGAUUGAGAACAUCUAUCUUCCCGCAGCACAGACCAUGAACUCAGGAACCUUUAAUACCACAGUAGAUAUCAAGCUGAAGCAGUGGACUGACAAGCAGCUGCCUAAUAAAGCGGUGGAGGUGGCGUGGGAAACCCUUCAACAGGAAUUCUCCCGCUUCAUGACUGAACAGAAAGGCAAAGAACAUGAUGACAUAUUUGACAAGUUAAAGGAGGCAGUGAAAGAAGAGAGCAUCAAGAGACAUAAAUGGAACGAGCAAGCAGAGGAUAGUUUGAGGGUUAUCCAGCACAAUGCUUUAGAAGACCGUUCAAUCUCAGACAAACAACAGUGGGAUGCUGCAAUUCAUUUUAUGGAGGAUACCUUGAAAAGUCGUUUGAAAGAUACUGAAUCUGUCAUUCGGGAUAUGGUGGGUCCUGACUGGAGAGAGAGAUGGGUUUCUUGGAUUUCUCGAAAUUCAGAACAGAAUACACGAAAUGAAACAAAAAAUGAACUUGAAAAGAUGCUGAAGGUAAAUGAAGACCAUCCUGCCUAUCUUGCCAGUGAUGAAGUCACCACUGUAAGAAAGAAUCUAGAAACCCGGGGCGUAGAAGUGGAUCCAGUUUUGAUCAAAGAUACCUGGCACCAAGUUUACAGAAGACAUUUCUUACAAACUGCUCUUGGCCACUGUAAUCUGUGUAGGAGAGGAUUCUAUUACUAUCAGAGACAUUUUGUAGACUCUGAGUUGGAGUGCAACGAUGUUGUCCUUUUCUGGAGAAUACAGCGGAUGUUGGGAAUUACAGCAAACACUUUGAGGCAACAACUAACAAAUUCAGAAGUAAGACGUUUAGAGAAGAAUGUAAAGGAAGUCUUGGAAGAUUUUGCUGAAGAUGGGGAUAAAAAGGUUAACCUGCUAAUCGGAAAGAGGGUCCAACUAGCAGAAGAUCUUAAAAAAGUACGAGAAAUCCAGGAAAAACUUGAAGCCUUUAUCGAAGCCCUUCAUCAAGAAAAGUAGCGUGAAUAGGUAACAGGUUAUGAAUUUGCAGAAAAUAAAUAAAUCUUGGUGUUCAGGAAUUUCCGGCAUAAAGCUGCCUUCUGCGCAUUGUCUCCUAUAUCAGACAUUGCUCCAGGAUGAAGAAGAAAGCCCUCGUCUUGGGUUUCUACGAAAGACUGGCUACUUGAAGACUUGUCGUGUUUAUAGGAGUCUCCAGCGAAGAGAUGUCUACCUGUUGCUGCUGUUUUGUGUUUGUGCUGUACCUUUAUCACGUUUUUACUCGAGCAAGAAAUCUGGGCAUAACUCACCAUUUUAUCAUUUGUAUAUAGCCUUAUCUACCUUCUUUUCCUUCCACGAUACAGACUGCAUGUUAAUGGUAUCUCCGCUUUCAUAUGAAAUGAGCUCAGCAGCAUAAGUAAUGCUAUACUCAGAAUGAAUUGAAGACUAAAUGUUCAAAUUAACUUAUUGGGUACUGAGUUGUACUCCCCUGCACUUGUUUAUAGCCCAAAAAAUAAAAGAUUAAAUGUGUUUUGGGCAAAAUUUGCCGAAUAACUGAA